UAGGGCAUGAGGGGGGUGCGUGUGCGAUGAUGACGCAGGUUCGGGAAACAUUUAAAGGGAUUUGAUUAGUUUAGGAGCUUGGCUCGCGACAUUUAUGUCUUUGGGUUUCCCAUGAUAGACUUGAAUGCACACACAUGCCAUCUGUCUCUUUUCAAGACAGCUCGGAUCAAGCGCUAUGGCAUUUGACAGCGACAGCAUUCGUGGUCGUUCAGAUUAUGAGUAUCUGUCAGAGAUAGGCGAGGGCGCCUAUGGGAAAGUGUACAAGGCCAGGGAGAUCGGCUCGAAGAACCGAAUUGUAGCUGUGAAAAAGCUAAAUCUGCCCGGAGACCCAGAGGCUGGCAUUCCACCCUUCAUGAUUCGCGAAGUGGCGCUAUUGCGCAAAAUUGAAUUCUUCAACCACCCAAACAUUGUAAAACUUCUGGAUGUGUCUGCAUGUAUUCUCAACCAAUCACUGGACCUUACGCUUGUGUUUGAGUAUAUUGAUCAAGAUUUAAAAUCUUUUUGUGAAGGAAAAAUACUGAGCGUGGACAAGAUUAAGGAUGUGAUGAAACAGCUGUUGAGAGGGCUGGACUUCUUGCAUUCUAAUAUGACGGUGCACCGAGAUUUGAAGCCUGACAACAUAUUGAUCAGCAGUCGUGGGGAGGUGAAGAUUGCCGAUUUUGGCCUGGCAAGGCUCUACACCUAUCAGAUUGCCCUCACCCCUUGUGUGGUGACUCUGUGGUACCGGGCUCCAGAAGUCCUUCUCCAGUCGGGCUACAUGUCUGCCGUGGACAUCUGGAGUGCCGGCUGUAUCUUUGCAGAACUCUUCCUCCUGAGACCUCUAUUCCGUGGGUUUUCUGAGGCACAGCAACUAAAGAAGAUCUUUGAGUUGAUUGGUUUGCCAAGCGAAGAGGAAUGGCCCCAAGAGAGCCCUGUACGAUAUUCCCCAGCUUGGGGCCCGUCUGGCAUGGUACGACCUGGCUCCCAGCUUCUUCCUGGACUUGGAGUGGAUGAAAACGUCCUUCUAAUGGAAUUUUUGGCCUUCAAUCCAUCAAAUCGCAUCUCAGCUUCUCAAGCUCUGGCCCACCCCUUCCUAGCAGAGGCUUAACACCAUUGGCCAGGAGGUGAAGAGAGGCGGGCUCUGGGACUGUGUGAAGGCCUUUCAUUCUCCUCGGUUCCCUGACAGCCUCAUGUUGAUCUGCUGAGGGUUUUUCUGCUAAAAGAUAAAUGUAAGCUUCUAAACUAUAGACUUAAGAAGUCUCUAAAAGAUAUCCAUUAUUACCUGAAUUACACAUCUAGCAUCAUACAUUUUUACUUUUUCAAUCAAAGUUCGUGAGGAAUGUAAUAUCAUGCACAUCACGAUAAUUCAGAUUCAGGGAAAUGUUUGAAUAUUGUAUCAUUUCAAACAUCUUUGGCUCGUCAGUGCCGUACAGUGUAUAAAUGAAUUUCAUGAAGCAGAUGUUUAUGUUGCGUCACAAAAGCCCCCAGCAUAAAGUAAGGGAAAUGUUGCGAUGAAUUAGUAUUAUAACAAAGAUAUUUGGAUAAAAGGUAGAUGAAAAUUUGAUCAUUUUUUAUUUUCAUAACAAAAAACAAAAGGCCAUUCUUUUCUGUUUAUUGUUUUCUAUUCGGAAAUUUGACUUAAAUCAAAAUAAUUAUUAAAAAAAGGUUGGAUUUAGGCAAACAUACCUCAGAAGACAAUAUAUCUUUCUAUGGAUCUUGACCCUUUAUUGGCUAUCUAGUAAACUGAUUUAAUUUCCAUUGCCUGUGCAAUAUGGCCAUGUUGUAUCAGCUUUUGUACGGUGUCACCAAAUCCUUCUUUGUAACCUCCAAUACAUGCUAGUACAUGCAUAUUACUAUUAGUACCAGAGAGAGAAUUGUACUAGUAUCAGAGAGAAUUUCCCAUGAACAUUUCGAGGCCAUGUGUUACCACCAGACACACAUAUGCGCUUUAACUUAUUUAUACUGCAGAGGGAUGUCACAGUCAAUUUGCAUAGCUCCAAUUUUGCACAAUAAUGUUGACGAUGAAUUUUCAUGUUUCGUGUGGCUGGCAUUUGCGUUGUUUUUUUUGUUAAUUUUUCCCCCUGCCCUUUUGUUCCCCUGUUUGUAUUGACUUGAAUUUUUCAUUUUCUUAAUUUUCUUCUAUGUUCAAAGCAGACACUUCUGGAUGUUAUUGAACAGUUUUCCCAUGUUACGGUAUGUGAGUGAAUUGUCUUAAAGCUGUAGAGGCUGUGUUCAGUUAUAGAAAUAUCUAGUGUUACAAGUAGAGACCAAAAUGUCUUCCUCUAUGUAUUAUCACAGCGAACAGUGCAAUUCUGAACUGAGUUCAGUGCAUUUCUGAAUUGAGCCUUGGCCGUUUUUGGAUCGUCGAAAACGACUUUGCUUAUAAGGAUUUGCCUCAUGAAAUAAAGGCCUUUUUUCCACA